AUGCUUGGAAACAACCAGACUGCCAUCUCUCAAUUCCUCCUCCUGGGCCUGCCCAUUCCAAAAGAGCACCAACUCCUGUUCUAUGUCCUGAUCUUGGCCAUGUACCUCACCUCUGUCCUGGGGAACCUCAUCAUCGUCAUCCUCAUUAUUCUGGACUCCCAUCUCCACACACCCAUGUACUUGUUUCUCAGCAACUUGUCCCUCACUGAUCUCGGCUUUUCGUCUGUCACAACACCCCAGUUGCUGCUGAACAUGCAGAGCCAAGUACCAUCCAUCCCCUAUGCAGAAUGUCUGACACAAGUGUACUUUUUUCUAUUUUUUGCAGCCCUUGAGAACUUCCUACUUGUAACCAUGGCUUAUGACCGCUAUGUGGCCAUCUGCUUCCCCCUUCAUUACACCAGCAUCAUGAGCCCCAAACUCUGUGUGAGUCUGGCAUUGUUGUCCUGGGUGCUGACAACAUUUUAUGCCAUGUUGCACACUUUGCUCUUAACUAGGUUGUCUUUCUGUGAAAACAAUGUGAUCCCCCAUUUUUUCUGUGAUCUGUCUGCUAUCCUGAAGCUGGCCUGUUCUGAUAUUCACAUUAAUGAGUUGAUGAUAUUGAUCAUAGGAGGGCUUGUUGUCAUACUUCCAUUUCUAAUCAUCAUAGUGUCUUAUGCAUGCAUUGUCUCCUCCAUCCUCAAGGUCCCUUCAACUCGACGCAUCCACAAGCUCUUCUCCACUUGUGGUUCUCAUCUGUGUGUAGUGUCACUGUUCUAUGGGACAAUUAUUGUCCUCUACCUUUGUCCAUCUUCUAAUAACUCUACUCUGAGAGACACCAUCAUGUCUCUGAUGUACACAGUGGUGACUCCAAUGUUGAACCCUUUCAUCUACAGCCUGAGGAACAGAGACAUGAAGGGAGCCCUAAAAAGAUUAUUUCAAAAGAAUACUCUUCUCUGA